CAGUGCUUGGGCAUCACAAUGCUCUUAUUCUGCCAAUAAAGACUGGAAGUGAGGGAGAGAGAGAGAGAGAGAGAGAGAGAGAGAGAGAGAGAGAGAGAGGCAGGGGGAGAGAGGUGGGCUGUGCCUCGCUCGCCUCGCAGUCAGAGAGAGAGUCGUCGCGGGAGCGGUUUGUUCUUCCACAUCAGACUCCUUCUGACCCUCCGUGCUGGAGGAGCGAGGAGGAAAACCUCUCCCGGGUUUUUUUUUCUUUCCUUCCGGUCGCUGCCUCUCUGCGGACGCACGGAUAAUACCACACCACGGCUGGAAGAUGGUUUUUCUGCUGCAUAUGGUUACCCUUUAUACUCUGAGCGUGUUACGCGGAGCAUCCGCCGCGACUCACUAUAAUUGCAAUGGCCCCCUGGUAUCCACGUUGCUCCAUUCGUCCUUUCAGAGCUCCUCUCAGUCCUCGGUCAGUUAUGCUGCCUACAACGCCAAGCUCAACAGAAGAGAUGGAGCAGGAGGUUGGUCUCCCAUGGUGACUGACCAGGAGCCCUGGCUCCAGGUGGACCUCAAGGAGCAGAUGGAGGUGACGGCUGUGGCCACACAGGGACGGUAUGACAGCUGGGACUGGGUCAGCAGUUACCUGCUGCUCUACAGCGACACGGGCCGGGUUUGGAAACAGUACAGGCAUGAGGACGGUGUCGGGAGAUUUGUCGGGAAUACGAAUUCAGAGGCCGUCGUCCAGAACAAGCUGUCCCACCCAGUGAGAACACGUUUCCUGCGCUUCGUCCCUCGCGACUGGAACCCCAGCGGCUGGAUGGGCCUCAGAGUGGAGGUGUACGGCUGCUCCUACAAGUCGUAUGUGGCAGACUUUGACGGCAGAAGUGCGCUGCUCUACCGGUUCAACCAGAAGUCCAUGUCAACGGUAAAGGACGUGAUCUCGCUACGCUUCAAGAGCCACCAGGCGGAGGGUGUUUUACUGCAUGGAGAAGGGCAGAGAGGAGAUUAUAUCACCCUGGAGCUUCACCGAGGAAGACUGGACCUCUACCUCAACUUAGAUGACAACAGACUGAGGUUCAGCAGCGGCCGUGUUGCAGUCACUGUAGGCAGUCUGCUGGAUGACCAGCACUGGCACUCUGUCCAAAUGGAGCGCUUCAACAGGCAGGUUAACCUCACCGUGGACUCCCACACACAGCACUUUCAGACCAAAGGAGAAGGACACUCACUGGAGGUGGACUACGAGCUGAGUUUUGGAGGCAUCCCCCUGCCUGGUAAACCCGGCACCUUCCUGAGGAAGAACUUCCACGGCUGCAUGGAAAACCUCUACUACAACGGAAUCAAUAUCAUAGAUCUGGCGAAGAGACGCAAGCCUCAGAUACACAGCGUGGGCAAUGUGACCUUCUCGUGUUCGCAGCCCCAGCUGGUGGCCUGCACCUUUGUGAGCUCCGGCAGCAGCUUCCUGUCACUUCCGUCAGCAGCGUCUGCCACUGGGGGUUUCUCUGUUCGCUUCCAGUUUCGGACGUGGAACCCAGACGGGCUGCUGCUCUCUGUGCAGCUGAACCCGGAGCCCCAGAGACUGGAGUUGCAGAUCAGCAACAGCCGGCUGUACCUGACCCUGCACAACUCAGGACGGCAGAAAUCAGAGGUCUCUGCUGGUCACAGAGUCAAUGAUGGUCUGUGGCACUCUGUGAGUCUCGACACCAGGAAUCUACAGAUCACUUUGACCGUGGAUAAUGAGCCGUCCUCCGCGAUCGAACUGUGGGAACAACUGGAAUCAAAAGGCAGCUUUUAUUUCGGAGGCUGUUCCGCGAUGAACUGUCAGCAGCAGACUCCGGCCUUCCAGGGCUGUAUGCGGCUCCUAUUCAUCAACAGGCAGCCGAUGAAUCUCAAUCAUGUACAGCAAGGAUUGCUGGGCAAUUAUAAUGAGCUCCAGUUUGACACCUGCAAUAUCAGAGACAGAUGUCUCCCCAACCUUUGUGAACAUGGAGGCCGCUGCUCUCAGACAUGGAGCACCUUCACCUGCGACUGUUCGGGAACAGGAUACUCUGGAGCGACCUGUCACAACUCCAUCUACGAGUCCUCCUGUGAGGCCUACAAGCUGAUUGGCAGCUCGUCGGGCUUCUUCUCCAUUGAUCCAGAUGGGAGUGGUCCCCUGGGGCCCACACAAGUAUACUGCAACAUGACAGAGGAGAAGGUGUGGACGGUGUUGGCGCACAACAGCACGGCUCCUGUCACAGUCCAGGGCUCCUCUCCUCACAAACCCCACGUCAUGAAGCUCAACUACAGCGCCUCAGCUGAGCAGCUGCAUGCCAUCGUGUCAGGGUCAGAGCAAUGCCAACAGGAAGUGGUUUACAACUGCAAGAAGUCCCGUCUCUUUAAUACUAAAGAUGGCAGUCCGCUGUCCUGGUGGCUGGACCGGGAAGGGGAGAGACGAAGCUACUGGGGAGGCUUCCUGCCUGGAGUUCAGCAGUGUUCCUGCAGCCUGGAGGAGAACUGCAUCGACAUGAAUUACUUCUGUAACUGUGACGCUGAUGCAGACUCAUGGGCUAAUGACACCGGAGUCCUCUCCUACAAAGACCACCUACCAGUGAGCCAGAUAGUGAUUGGAGACACCAACAGAACGGGCUCGCAGGCCGUCUACCACGUCGGGCCGCUGCGUUGUUAUGGAGACAAGUCUAUAUGGAACGCAGCGUCUUUCUACCAGGAGUCGUCCUACCUCUACUUCCCCACCCUGCAGGCAGAGCUCGCCUCUGACAUCUCCUUCUACUUCAAGACUAGUGCUCCUUCAGGAGUGUUCCUGGAGAACCUGGGCCUCAAGGACUUCAUCAGAGUGGAGCUCAGCUCUCCCUCAGUGGUGACUUUCUCCUUUGAUGUGGGAAACGGUCCGGUGGUCCUGUCCGUGAAGUCCCACCUCCCUCUGAAUGACAGACAGUGGCACUACGUGAGGGCAGAGCGCAACGUGAAGGAGGCCUCCCUGCAGGUCGACCAGCUUCCCCUCCGCUUCCUGGAGGCUCCGGCUGAUGGACACCCCCGUUUACGGCUCAGCAGCCAGCUGUUUGUGGGGGGCACAGCGUCCCAGCAGAGAGGCUUCCUGGGCUGCAUCAGGACUCUGACCAUCAACGGCGUGAGCUUUGACCUGGAGGAGAGGGCGAGGAUGACGCCGGGGGUGAGCUCCGGCUGCCCCGGCUACUGCAGCGGCUCCAGCAGCCUCUGCCACAACAGAGGGAGGUGCAUCGAGAAGAGCAACGGCUACGUGUGCGACUGCUCCCAAUCGGCAUACGGAGGAACCACCUGUAACCAAGAGGUGUCAGUGUCCUUCGACAUGGAGUCCUCAGUGACCUACACUUUCCAGGAGCCCUUCUCAGUGAUGCAGAACAGGAGCUCACAGGCCUCCAGUGUGUCCACAGAAAGCAGCAGCAGGGCCAGAGAGGACAUAGCCUUCAGCUUCGUCACCUCCCAGAGGCCCGCCAUGCUGCUGACUGUCAGCACCUUCAGCCAGCAGUACAUCGCUGUCAUCCUGGCCAAGAACGGGAGUCUGCAGAUCUGGUAUCACCUUCAGACGGACAGGAGUCCAGAUGUGUUCAGCCCCGCCCUCAAUAACCUGGCAGACGGACGACUCCAUCGUAUCAGAAUCCACCGGGUGGGGAAAAACCUCUAUGUACAGAUCGACCAGGACAUCCACACUAAGUACACACUGUCAUCUGAUGCAGAGCUGAUCUUAAUCAGAUCCCUGACAUUGGGCAAAGUCACCACAGGGAGGGAGAACUUCAACGAGAAAGUGGUGCAGGCAGCUUCUAAAGGCUUCAUUGGCUGCCUCUCCUCGGUUCAGUUCAACCACGUGGCGCCACUGAAGGCGGCGCUGACGAAUCGAGGGAGCUCGCUGGUCACCAUCCGUGGCCCACUGGUCCAGUCAAAUUGCGGCGCGCUGGCAGAGUCCACCUCGCACACACUGCAAGAUCAAACUGUAACGGCAAACAAAGACAAGGAGCAGCACAGCGGCAGCACCCAGAACGAUUUGGCUGUAAUAGCAGGUGUGGUCACAGCGGUGGUCUUCAUUGCGGUGUGUGCUCUGGCUGUGAUAAGCCGCCUCCUCUACCAGCAGCGGCGGGCCCAGAGGAGCAGCAGCAUCAAAGAAGACAACAGACACAGCAUGUACACGGACUACAGGACAGAGAUGCACCUCCACAACUCAGUCAGGGACAACAUGAAGGAGUACUACAUCUGACUACAGUGUGCGCUCUGUGGACCUAGGACACAAACUUACCUCUCUCUUAAAAAGGACUAACAGGUGGACGAGCCGCUGCAGGAUUUCUUACGACAAAACAUCUCUGUGCCCUGGAAGACUCUCAGGAACACUGCAAAAAGCCUGUAGCCUGUAGUCCACUUUCGUAAACGCUCCAGUACAAGCAAGUGGCUGAAUCUUUACAGCUCUUAGUGUAUUUGAUGUUGGUGAAACUGUCAAGAAUCAAGCUGCUGUGGUUUCUGUCGUUGCAAAUUGUGUAAAGCAAAAGAUGAAUGUUCUGCAGCGGUGGAAGAGAGGGACACCACGAGUGCGCCGAGCGAACGCUGCUGUCCAUCCUGAACGCGCACAACUUACAACGUUUUGUUUAAAACCCUCAAAUGCUGAAGAUUUCCACAUUUCAGUGGGACUCACUAAACCGUACUUGCAAGUCAGGAAAUGUAGGCCAGGCCUGUAAGAUAUGCGUGCAUUCGCUGCUGUCUUUGUUUUGUCAGUGGUGGUGAGUGUUGUAGAAGAAGAAAAGGGGACAAUACUGCCUAUACUGUAUGAGUGCCUAAUUUGCAUACAAGUUUUUAUUUUAACAUUUUAGAAGUUAUUCAUGUGAUUUGCAAAAAAAAAAAAAA